AUGAACAAUUAUCUGUUCACUGUUGUAAUUAGAUAUUUUGAUAAAUUUAAAAACAAGCCAAUAGAACAGUUUGUACGCAUGAAGCGAAUGAUGACAAUUGUUGUCACAAGUAUAUUUAAUGCUUUAAAUGAGGUAGUUAAAGAGUAUGAAAUAAAAUGGGAAAAUAUUAUUUCUACUUGUUUUGACGGUGCUGCAACUAUGUCUGGAAAUAUGACAGGAGUUCAGACAAAGUUUAAGGAGAAAAAUCCAAAAUAUUUUUUUGUACAUUGUUAUGGCCAUUACUUGAACUUAUUAUUAGUUGAUUCUAUUGGCAAUGACAAUAAAGUUACAUUUAACUUUUUUGGGUGUAUCCAAAUAGUAUUUAACUUCAUUGAAGGAAGUUGUACCAGGCAUGCAGUUUUUGAAAAUUUGUCAAAAUGGGCAUGUCGGUCUGAAGUGGUCAAUGCUGUAAAAAAUAAAUAUUCUGCUUUGUUGAUUGCCAUUAAACAAAUUACAGAUAAUACUAAGUUAUUGAAACGGCUUCAAUUUCAACAAAAAUUACUGCCAGUUCUAAGCCUGGAAAAGUGUGAAAGGAAGUUUAAAAUUCGUUUACAACAUAACUAUCAAAGUUUCCAAAUAUAUAAUGUUGAUGAGUCCGGAUUGUCCACAGUUUCAACCAAGCAACCUAAAGUUAUAUCUCUUACAGGGAAAAAGCGAGUAGCCAAAUUAGUGACAGCAGAAAGGGAUGCAUUUUUAGCAUUAAUAGCUGAAUGCCCCAACCUAGAAAAAGCUCAUGUAUUUACAGACUAUUUAGUAUCGACAUAUAUUGCACCUGAUUCAUUAUUUCCACCAUAUCUUUGGGCACAAGAACCCUCAGUAAAUCCAAGAACUACUAAUGUUCCAGAGAGCUUUCAUAGGACGUACAAUGGUCAGUUUUAUAGCCCCCAUCCUCCAACACACGUAGUUAUAUCAGUUUUAAAAAAAACACAAGCUCAAACUUUGACAAUAAUUAAUUCAAUUAAAAACAAUGUACAUAAUCCUAUGGCUAAAAAAGAUUAA